CUAAAAUGUCCGUUUUCACGAUCCCAAAGUGACUGAUCAAGCAAAUAUCGACGAUGCCACCGAAAAAGGAUCAGCUUUCCAAAGUGGACUUGCGUCGAAAAGCCUACGAGCAUGGCAUUCGGUUCGAGGGACCAACGCCACCAAAAUUGUGGCCUAAUGAACACAAGCACCAUUUUCAGGCCAUCCGGUCCAUUCAGUUUACACAGUAUGACGACUAUAAAGACAACAAACAUGUUUCCAUCAAUCGAAGGGAGACUUUCCAAAAACGUGUCAAUUACUUGCGGCGUAAGGCAAAGGAACUGCUCGAUGAUGUCAACACCAACGAAGCCACUUGGCGCGAGCUUGAACAUCCAAUAUUGGAGAGAUUUGACAAACUUGUCAUCUGUGGAAAUUGCAACAAUGAAUUAUGGAAAUCGGACCACGAGGCAGAGUGCCUACACGAAGAGAACCAAAUCAAGCUCAAUUCAAAACGACAUCUAAGAAGGAUGUGUUUUUGCAAGAACAGACGAGUCGAAGUAAGGACAGAAAACAGUGAUGAUGAGAAUGGAACCAUAUUCCGGUUUGCCAAGGACGAAGUCAUUACCCACGCAUUGGGAGAUGAUCUCCAAAAUUUCAAUAUCUCCAUGAAGCCAGAUCGAGUAAUUGGAUUAAGGGCCCCAUCAAAUAUGCCCCAGAAUUACUCCUACUUUCCAGUCACAGGAAGGGGAAUAUUGUUACCGUUUCUCAUAGUAGAAGCGAAGAAAGGGGGGGUUGUCCCAGGUUUUCGAUCAAUUCAGUAUCAGACCGCCUUUCCGGUUCGUCGGCUUUUGAAAGCUCAAUAUGACCUUGGUAAUCGUAGCUCAUCUUGUGAGCCUUGCUUGGUGUGGUUUUUUGCAUAUCAGGGUGAGCAAUGGCGCCUACACGCGGGUUCUCAAGAGCAUGGAAAAGUAAGAAUAUACGAUCUAUGGCAAGGGACGAUACAAUCUCAAGACGGCGCACUACAAUUAUUGCUUAUCGUUGACUACAUAUGGUCAUGGGCCCGAGAUGUCUACCGGCCAACUAUCAGAGAACUCAUUCUGGACUCUAUCACAGGUAUUCGUGAUCUCUCCCCAGCAUCUACCGAUCGGUUUCGCCAUUCUAUCUCAUUAUCGUCCGUAACAAGCCCUGCUCCAACCAUACAGGACCUCGAUCAGAUGCAAAUUGAUGAAGGUUUGGUUGCUACAGAGCGUUCCAUAGGACUUGCCCAGGAAGAUGGUUAUCAAUCUCACCAGUACGAAGACCAGGAAGUCAUAGUCCUCAGGGAUGCACGUUCUCACACUUUUCUCCAGUGGGCAGUUGGCCAAAACUGCUCACCCUCGUGGACCAAGCUUGGAAGCAUACGCCACUCAGACAUCAUACAUUUCGAAUUCCGAUGUUAUGAUGCCCAGAGGUGUGACACUGAUAUUGGACAAUCAACUGAAGUGGAAGAUGAUGAUGAUGAUCUGUUGUUAUCUCGUACCCUAUCUUCUUGGGCGCUUCCUAUACUUCCGGAACAGCUCAAUGAACUGGCAACUCUCUGGACAGUGAAUUUCGCUCCAAACCCGACACUUGAUCUUAGGGGCCCUCUUCAAGCAACAUUGUUCUGCCAGACAUACUGUGAUCAGUCAACAUGGCAAAUCAAGAGAGUACUAAACUGCAUAUUAUGGAGACAAUUGACCCUGGAACCGGCUACGACAGCUAAUAUCGCCUGUCUACCAACAUAUGGGGGCGAGAAUGAUACACUGGAGCGCCUGGGAACGAUAGACUUCAAAAGUGCUAUCCUACAUAGUCGUAACAUUCAAGGUAGAGAAUCAGUUCGGUGUGCUCUGCAAGGCGUGAGCAUGGUUUUGCAACCUAGAAUCGAUAACGUGGGCCUCGACUGGACAUUGUUUGCACAGACUAAUCUUCCCGAAAAUGCAUCUGAGACUCUCAUGGGCCUUGCAGCUCGUAUGCGUCUUGGCGAUAUCGAUAUACACCAUGUCACUUGCUGUGGUGGACUCUCGCAGAUCGACUCAAAUUCCGAAAGUCAUCUUCCGUCAAUACUUCCAGCUUCAGGGCAGGGUACACAAAAUGGAGAUUCCAUGCUCGCGAUCCGGUUAUCUUCAUGGCCAUCAACAUGUCCCAUGUUUUGCUUGUUUGUCCUUUCUCAGAAAGGUUACGACUCUGUCAACAUCCUCCACCGACUUCUCGAAGAAGCCAUUUCGGCAAAAGAUUGGCACGGAGAUAGCGAUUACAAAUGGCGUCCCUCAGACUGGCAGAUACUUCGCGAAUGGCGCGAAGCUCUUCGAACUGAAGAGUGGAAAAGGGCUACUAUUACUACAACAUCCCAUGACUUUUCAGCAUAACCAUGGAAAGGUUACCCUGUUAAAAAACAUCAAACUAACCAGGAGAUAUGGAACAACAUAACACUCUGGCUAGCAAUGGGCCUCAAGCGAUCACCUGCAAGUUGGAGAAACGCAAAAUGGCCUACAUAUGAGCCUUGCUGGCGGUUCGCAAGAUAUUGGGAGGCACAGUAAUCAAAUCCUCAUGUGUUGCUAAUAGAAAUUCUUGUGAUGUUGAUAGGGCGGGCCAAGAGCGUAUCAUCUGCCCAGGAUGCGAUAAGUUGCAAAGAGAUCACUUCAAUUACAAUGGAUUGGGACUGAUGUUCUUGUAUACAUCAUAGCAGUAUAUGUCACGCAUUGCGUUCCAGUAGUGAUGCGGCGGUCACGUUCAGUUCGGG